UCCCAUUAAUAAUCCCCACGAGCAGUAACUAAUCGCCAUAUUAGUUACUUCUAGUUCGUUAUCCGACUGCUAUACACACAUCCUCCUCGGAAGCUAUACCUAAGCAUGCAAAUCCAGCACAGACUUUCAAGUGGGAAUCCUGUCUAUGACAAGUUUUAUCGGCAGGUCGACCCAUCAGGCAGUGGGCGGGUGGCAGCCACCGAAGCGGCCUCGUUCUUGAAAAGAUCUGGCCUUUCAGACCUCGUUCUGGGCAAGGUAUGGGACUUGGCAGAUUCAGAACACAAAGGCUUUCUGAAUAAACAGCAAUUUUUUGUUGCUUUGCGACUGGUGGCUUGUGCCCAGAAUGGCCUCGAAGUUGGACUUAAAAGCCUUAACGUGGCUGUGCCUCCACCCAAGUUUCAGGACACUAGCAGCCCGCUCCUUGCUGGAGCUGUGCCCGUGGACGGCCCAUGGGUGGUCAAGCCAGAGGAGAAGAUGAAAUUUGACUCCAUCUUCGAUAGUCUUUCCCCUGUGGCUGGCACGCUUACAGGCGACAAGGUCAAACCAGUGCUGCUCAACUCCAAGCUCCCUGUAGAUGUCCUAGGCCGGGUAUGGGAGCUGAGUGAUAUAGACAGAGAUGGAAUGCUGGAUAAAGAUGAAUUUGCAGUGGCCAUGUAUCUAGUCUACAGAGCUCUUGAGAACGAACCUGUGCCUACGGCUCUACCUCCAUCUUUGGUUCCACCAUCAAAAAGGCAAAAGAUUAACCCACCUCCUGUUAUGCCCCUCCUCCCUUCACCCCCAUCAAUCAAAGAAAGGACUUCUUCCCAGUCUGGGUCCAAAACACUACCAGCUAAACCCACACAGCCACAGUGGGCUGUCUCUCCUGCCGAUAAAGCUAAGUAUGAUGAGGUGUUUGCUAAGACAGACAGCGACAUGGACGGGUUGGUGUCGGGCCCGGAGGUGAGGGACAUCUUCCUAAAGACCGGCCUCCCAUCGGCCACGCUUGCACGCAUAUGGGAGCUGUGUGACAUUGGUGACAUUGGGAAACUCACAAAAGAACAGUUUGCAUUGGCUCUUCAUCUAAUCAACCAGAAACUCUCAAAAGGCAUUGACCCACCCCAAGUUCUCUCUCCAGAAAUGAUCCCUCCCUCUGAUAGGCUAUCACGACAGAAUAGUGCUGCGUCAUGUCAGGCUGCUGACUUCUCUGCCAUUAAAGAGCUGGACUCCCUCAGCAAUGAGAUCAUGGACCUGCAGAGAGAAAAAAGCUCUGUGGAACAGGAGAUUAAAGAGAAGGAGGAGACCAUCAGACAGAGGACCAGCGAGGUGCAGGACCUACAGGAUGAGGUGCAGAAGGAGAGCGAGGAGCUGCGCAGGCUGCAGGCGGAGCGGCAGGAGGUGCAGGAGGUGCUGGAAAGGCUCGAGGAGCAGAAGUCAUCCCUGGAGGAGCAGCUCCAGCUCAUCCGGCAGCAGUGCGGUCAGGAGAGCCAGCUGCUCCAGUCCCUUGAGGCAGAACAUUCGGAGCAGGAACAGCAGAUAGGAGACUAUGAGGAGGAGUUGGUGAGGGCACGGGAGGAGCUGCUCCGCCUCCAGGAAGAGACGCGAACUCUGGGAGAGCGAGUGCAGUCGGCUCGCGCUCAACUCUGCCCCCUACAGGACGCCGUCACAGAGUCUCAUACACAGAUCACUCAGGUGCAGGAACGUCUGACCGAGCUGAAGACGGAGGAAAGAGAGGUCACGGCCCAGCUCACCUGGAAGGUCCUAGAAGAGGAUCCACCUGCUCUCGUCAACGGAAUAGCGCUCCCUGCAGCACAGCCCAAGCUGGUGCAGUGGCCACAGCCCAUGGAACAGCCGCUGGCCAAGCCAAAAGAGGAAGAGGGCGAUGAAGAUAUCGCCCCCGUAGAUGAGCCACAGGAGCUGAAGGUGAUGGAGGAGCAGCCUGAUGUAGAGUUUUCCGAGCUGCCCUCCAGCCCCGAGGAGCCUGAGCCUAGCACUGAGGCCCAGGGGGACCAGCACCCCAGCACACAGUCCCCAGCUUUCUCCAUUGCUGCCACUACCACCUGGCCUCACGAUCACACGGAAAGCGCUAGUUCAACACCAGCCAUAGAGCCAGAGGUGAAGGGACCAGAGCUGAAGCAGCAGCCCUCCACCAGCACAGUAAAGGUUGAGUCUCCAGGGCUAGAGAAGAAGGGAGAGACAACUCCUCCUAUUGUCGCUCACUCAGGGAGCCCGCCUUCAAGCCUCGACUUCUUCCAGAGUGACCCAUUCAUGGACAGUGACCCUUUCAAGGAUGAUGACCUCUUCUCAAAAGUAGAUGUUUCUGAUCCAUUUGGCGGUGACCCCUUCAAAGGCACAGAUCCGUUUGCGACGGACUCCUUCUUUAAACAGUCGUCCUCAAGUGCUUUCCCUGCCGGAGACCCCUUCACUUCCUCUGAUCCUUUUGCCUUGAACAGCGGUCCCUCUGAGCCAGACCUUUUCUCAUCCCGGCCCAACAACGCUGGCGAGUCUGAUCCGUUUUCCUCCAGAGCCGGAACGGUGGUCGCAACUGACCCUUUUGGCUCCGCCAGUGGGAACGUGUCAUUUGCUUCCAAAACAGACGUGCUGGCAGAUUCGGACCCGUUCAGCUCAGCCGCAGGAACAGGGGAUGACCCAUUUGGUGGGUCCAGCUCAUCAGAGAAGGACACACCCGCAGCAGCCAAUGACCCUUUUGCUCCAGGGGGCACUGCAGUUAAUGCAGAUUCAGAUCCAGAUCCCUUUGCCACAGUAUUUGGCACUGAGACAUUUGGAGGAGGUUUCGCAGACUUUAGCAGUCUGGCAAAGUCUAAUGAUGCUGAUCCUUUUGCCACGUCAAACACUCAUAGUAAGAAUUUAUUUAGGGAAGACAACCAAUCGGAUGUGCCUCCUGCAUUACCACCCAAAACGGGCACACCUACCAGACCACCCCCUCCGCCACCAGGUAAGCGGUCGAACGUCUACCGAUCAGAUUCGUCAGACUCGUUUCAGAAGCGUGGACUGUUUGGGGUGCAGGGCUCUGGAGAGUUCUCCUCCCUUCCUGCCAAAGACGCUGUGCCGGAUCCCUUCGCCCCCUCCGCCCCCUGCCAAGUCCCGCGCGACCCUGACCGAUUUGCUACCUUUGACAAAGGGGGGGAGCAGUAUCCCACAGAGGAAGACAUGAUCGAGUGGGCAAAGAGGGAGAGUGAGCGGGAGGAGAGGGAGCGCGUGGCCCGGCUUACACAGCAGGAGCAGGAAGAUUUGGAGCUGGCCAUCGCUCUCAGCAAAUCUGAGCUCUCCUGACCCAACCCCACCUGGAGCCACACCACCCACAAGGAAGAGGAGAAGGGACAAAGAGCCAAACAUUGGUUCUGGGACAGACUUUGCCAUUUAACAUAAGACCGCUCCUAUCCCGCCUUCAUUGUCCGUCAGUCUCAUUCACAGUUCCAGCUCUCUGGCUGUCCAGUGAGUCCUCCUAGAACUGUGUGGAUUAAGAUCAAAUUUGGGGGCACAAGAGAGAAUGGUAAGGUAAAGCCCUUUGAUGUGUGUUUCUUGUUUUACAGUGAACUCCUCAAUAAGUGGCCUCAUGUGAUCUGUGCUAUGUAUUUCUAACAUCUCUCGCCAAAUCACAGCACUACAACAAUCCCCUUCACCCUGCCCACUCUGAAUCCCAUUUCCCUGGAUUAUGUAAAAUGUUGGACAGGUUUGACUUACUGAAUCUCUUAUCUUUUGUGAUCAGGAAAGGCCAGUACUUCUAAUUGGUGGUUUUUACAAUGUUUGUCGAGUGCUUUAAAGUCAUCAUUCUGUGGUUACAUUCAGUUUUGAAGUGGGGGGGAUUGUUAGAGUCGCCAAGAAAAAUCCCCACGUUAUAUAUAAAAGAAGCAGGUAUUUCAGAAUUGGUUUAUCUUCCAUAGCCUAAAAAUUACAAUUGUCACAUUGACGAAGAAGAGGAAGUUGAUCCAAGAUUAGCACUCUUAUUCUGACAUUAUUCUGAGUCCUGAGUUCAUCUAGUCUAAGACACAAGUUUAGGUGUCUGUUUUCACAUUUCAGUUAUUAGUGAGUAAUGUAAAAGUACUUUAUCUACCUAAUCUACCUAAUCUAGAGAUUUAACUCUUUAAAUCCUUGAAGUUCCUUACAAUACUAACAUCUUUUGGAAUAGCACAUAGCCCCCUCUGAUGUGUCCUUCAAAAACUAACUACAAUAUUUGAAUAAAUGAAUUACUCAUCUUUGGGAGUAAUCAUUGGUUUCCUAAAUAAAUAAAAUAGCCGAAGCCCAUUGCAUAUGUAAUUUUGAAAAACAAAAAACAAACUUUAAGCAUCUUGUGUGACAGCUGUAUAACAAUUUUUUUUAAGUAUUUGUGAAAAUAUAAUUGUACAGUAUAUACUCUGUGUGGCUUGUUCGCUUGCAACAGUGUAAUUCAGCGUAUUCUGAUCUUUCACGCAUGUCGUCUUAAUCCAUCUAAGCAAAAUAUCAUGGUGAAAUGCAGAGCAAUAUUAUUGUCUUGUUACUUGUCAGAGACAAUAGUACUUACAAUUAUUAUUAAAAUUGAUUAUUAGUAGUAUUCAUAUUCUUAAUAAUAAACAUGGCAGUAUGUGAAGUGAUCUAAACCCUUAUGACUUCCAGAAAAUGUAACUGGAAAUAUAUCAGUAAAUAUAUAACAUGUAUAAAUUACUUCCAGUGCCUAAAAUAUGUAAAAGUGCUAUUAUGGAAUGCCUCAGGGCUUCUAUAAGAAGGAAAGGCUAUGCAAGACUUGUGACCACUAAGUCAAAUUUCUGAGUGGGUUUUCCAUCUGAAAUUGGAGAGAAAAUGAAUUGGUUUUAUUAUUGUGGGUUUUUGUUGUGGUUUUGUUUGCUAGUUUAUUUAGUCAGUGCAAUAACUGAUGCCUGACAUUCAAUAGAUUAAUAUGCACACAAGUCAGAUUUAAUACUGUGGUCCCUCAUUUUCAACUGUAUGUUUCUCUAAAAGGAUAUCGAGAAACUAAUAUAAGCUUCUUUGUCUUUACCCAAUGCAGUUGCCUGUAAGUACUAAUGCCAGUAGGGCACUGUUUACAGGGCACAACAAGAUCCUGUAGGAUUGGUUGGCAUUUUAAAGCAUCUUUUGUGCCUGUACUUUGGGUUGGACUUCAAGGGUAUUGCCUACAUUCAGUCUUAAGAGACUGUGAGAACCAGGAGGUUAGAACUGAGCAGGAGGCAGAACAUGAGGAAGUGCUUCUUUAGCUCUGGUUUGGGGGCUCUUCAGAUAUUGCUAGGUUAGGAAAAUCCUGUUUUUUGUACUUAAACAUUUGCAUUCGAUAAAGGACUUUGUCAGCGAUUAGAACUGAAGGUGGAUGGCGUAAAAGCACGAGAGAAAGGUGAGCUUUUCAGAGAUGACCCACUGCUUUUCGGACCAAUACAUUUUUUGUCCUGCAAUUUAUGAAGAUUCUUAUGAGCAUUAUGAACAUGGCAUUUUGCCCCUUAAACCAGACUUAAGUAUUACACUACGCACCAGUUAACACUCCUUGAGUAAAGACUAGGGCUUGAUUUUCUGUUUCACUGCUUCUCUUUCUUCACAAUGCUCAUUUUACAGUUCUGUUAAUUUUAUGUAUGUAUGUAUGUAUGUAUGUAUGUAUGUAUGUAUGUAUAGGCCUCUAAUUCAUCUGAUCAAAGACCACUUGUGUACUGACUGUCUACAGGCUCUUAAAAUGGGCUUCAUGUUUGUUUGUUUUUGAGGGUGGGGGGGGGUUGUUGUUUUUUAAACUUUACAAAGUAUGUUCCUUAUAGGAGGGACUUGUUUAAAUAUGUUAAGUAACGUAAUUAAGUCUAAAGAAUAAAUAUGAACUUUUCAAGCCA